AUGCUGUAUGUCACACAGGAAGCAGUGGCAUUUCUCAGCACUGAAGAACUGAAUAUGAUUCUGCUCAAACUGCUUAUACUUAGUCUGACAUUUAACCCACAUGAAAUGUCGACAUGCCCGAAAGGUAAAAAACUAUCUCGUGAUGGAGCUCGUUGUGAAGACUGCCCACGAGAGUAUUACCAGGAUAAAGAAGGAAUUUCAAAAUAUUGUAAACCAUGUACCAAGUGUGAUAGAGGAAGUACCAUUAAAGAGGAAUGUACCAAAUUGACAAAUACAAAAUGCAAGUGUAAAGACAACUUUACUCCAUGGGAUGACGACUAUUCCACCUGCAAAUGUGACAAGGGAUAUGGACUAACAAAAGGAGGAAAAUGUGAAAAAUGUCAAGAAGGAUUUUUCACCUCGGAAUCCGACACACAGUGUAAAAAAUGGAAAGAAUGUAAAUCAGGAGUGAACAUCAGUGGAACUGUUACGUCAGAUGUCACCUGUAAUGAGCCAGACAGUAAUAGUUAUCCCACUACACUCACCACAUCAAGAAUAAUUGCUUGUAUCACAAGUUCAACAACUCAACCUCCACAUGGGGGGGCCCACACUCCGAGCAAGAAGACUACCACUGCCACCACUACUCCACAAGUGGUCACUUCUACAAAGAACACCGCCCCUUCUAUAUACACAGGCAACCACAUUGGUAUGGCCCUCAUUAUUUUUGGAAUUGCCGGACUGCUUGUGCUAACUGUUGUGACCUGCAAGCUGCAUAUCACCGACUGCUGGCACAGACAAAAAACAGUACAACCAGGGGACUCAUUGUGUUCGAAGCCAGUUGAAGAAAGCUGUGAUGGGAGUCAGUUUCCGCUCAAGUCAAACGUGGUGGAACCUUGAGGUUAAACUUUUUUUUUUUUUCUUUUGGGCAUGAAUUACUCAGCUGAACUUUUAGAUCAGAUAAUCAUUAUAUCAUUAUUGUCACUUGCUUUUUCCUUAUAGUGUUGCUUCUGUGUUAGAAAUACAUCAAACUAUUUACCUUAUCUGUAUUGUCACAGGUGUAUUCUCAAGUCAAUAUUUGACUUUUGUUUAUUCUGUUUUAAUAGAAUCAUGAGUGAAUUAUCAGAAACAUAUAAUGCAUGUAUCAUACUUCACUUUUUAAACUGUGAAACAGCUUAAGUAGCAAAGUCUAACAUUUACUUCUUAAACUGUUGUAAAUUAUAACGAAUAUUAAUGUUACUAUUACUAUUAUUAUGUUGCUUGAAAAAAUUUGUGUAACCUUCAUAUUGACCAACAUAUUGAUAUGCAGAUUUUUGCACUGUGACCUGAGAGAUUAUGCCGCUAAAUGCCUAAAAUGUUCAUAUUUUCUAGAUAUGACAUCACAUAAUUUAGUAUCACUUAAUGGGGCUCGUGACAAGACUGAGAAACAUCCACUAUGAUCAGUACAAUCAAUACGACUGAUCCAGAAUAUUAUGCGCUGUUGGAGAGCCUUACAAAAAUACUUUAAUUUUUGCAUGAAGUCUUUCUGCCCAUUGUUUCUCAUAUUUUGAUUACUCAGCUCUGUUCAAAAUUAGCUGGUCUGUGAAAACAGACAUGCUUUCAGUGGUGUGUGGGUUUGGGGGAGUUCCCCUGGGGACCUAAAUGUGGCUCUUUUUCCCCACUGAGACAUGCUCCCUCUAAUGUUUUCAUUUUGGCCUUUGGAAAGAUUGAUGUUUGUAAAUGUGAGGACUUUCAUGUUGUUUAUACCUCAUUGGAGAUGUUUCUCGGAUCACAUAGUCAGAGGAGUUAUGAAAGCGUGCCCUCAUACUUCUCUUUACAUACGUUUUGCACCAGAAACCAGACUCACGCACUCAUAAACUGCAGGUAAUGCUGUGUGUGCCUGGAUGACUCUUUGUGAAGAACAGAAUAUGGAAAAAGCUGCCAUACAUUAAAUCUUUCCCAAAGAAAAUGAACUAAUUUUCUCACUUAAAGACAGAAGUAGAUUAAGUAAUCAGAGCCAUUCAUUUAAGUAAAAAUAUCUACAUAACAGUCUCAUUUUCAUUCAUUAAGUAUGCACUGAAUUACAGAAAAAACAAAACAAAAAAACAUUUCAGUAUUUAAGUGCCAUUAAAAAAAAAAGUAUUACCAGUAAAGUUGACCUAAAUUUUUAAUUGCUCAUGUUUUGUUAUAUAUUACAUUAAUCUUGAUGCAUCAGUGAGUAGGCAGGAUUUUACAGUUGUAGCUGCUUUUUUGUAAAACUAGUGAGUGUGAGUUGCAGAGAACACACAUACUGGAAACAGUCCCUGCAGGUAGUUUACUUUCAGUAAAUGUCAGUGAUCCAGGAAGUAGGUGUGUGGUUUCAAAGAAAUAUACAGCACCUGAAAAAAACUUUCUGUCUCUGGUUUUGAAGUACAGCAGCUUACACGCAUAUGCUGUACAUACAGUUUUGUUUUUAUUAAGUUUUUUUUUUAUUAUAAUUUGUUUAGUUUUAACUAUCUAUGUACAGUACACUCUCUCCAAACUUUUGACUGGUACUGUAUUUCUGUGUGUGCAAAUUCUGAGAAUUGUUUUCUUUCUUAUUGCAGCAAACA